AUGUCAAAUGAUAACGAUCGCCUGCGUGAAUUUAUAUCGUCGCCAAUCGAUCUGACGAAAUUUCUUGCCGAUGCGCAAAAUGUCAAGGAACGUCUGAAUGCGUUAAAGUCAUCGUAUUCUAGUGAUCAAGAUCACCUUGAUACGUUGAUGAAUGUAUCGAAAACACUGAGCGACUAUCGUCACCUUGAACAACAGGACGAACUGACGCGUGGAGAUGACGAGACGAACGAGGUUCUCGAAGAGGAUGAAGCCACGACAAGUACGUGGCGUACGCGACGAAAGAAAAAGAAAUUGGACCCAGCUAUCGUCAAUAACUUAAAAUUCUAUCCCGCUUGUAUUGAAUAUCUUUAUCGUGAGUUCAGUCAAUCACGUCCACACGCAGCACAUGACACCGCAUUUUUAAAAAACAUUCGCGAAUGUAAUCAAGCACCAGCGAAUUUCCACGAUGAUCGAUUAGUUUUAAAUUUACAAAUCUUUUUCCCAAUCGAAUCUCGUGAUCGUUAUCGCCAUCAAUUAAUGAACGAAUUAAUCUGUUUAUCGACACUGACUUUGGCGCAGAUUCGCGAUACUAUCGAAUGUGUUAGUGACGAGCAAAUUCUCGGAGAGUAUUCACAAAAUCCCGAAGAAAUCAAAACUAUCGGCCAACGUGCCAGCGAUGUAAACACUGCUGCUUGUUUCAUCAUCGAGUCGGUGAUUUACGAUGAUUUACGUCGAACAAGUGAACGCUUGAGCGAAAAGAUUCUUCAACAAACAGAUUCUGCUUAUACUCAAGGGAACACAAUGGAAAUGACAAGUUUAAAUGACUUGAAAGGACUUCAACUUGGCAAACCCUACAUUUAUCUUCACCAGAACAAUUGUGAGCAUGUUAUUGUCUUCAGUGAAUUGAAAUUACUGGAAAAAGAUCAGUGUCAUGAUUCCAGUCUUUAUCCAUUAUGUCGAAUGAAGUAUCACGGAAGAUUUUCCUACUGCUUUCUCUGUAACGUUUUUUACGCUAAAUGGUUGGUACGCAAUUCGCCUCUAAUACCUGAUGAUCCAUGUUUACUGUGUGAACGGUGCUUCAAGACAUGUCACUACGAUAAAGAUGGCAAUAAAGUGGGCGAAUUCACUGCGCAUCAUUUUCCUCAAUUAUUUGACCAGGCUUUUGUGACCAAAUUGAAGAGCACAACAAACUUUCGACGAAGAUAA